AUGCAAGCAUGGUUGUGUCAGCUCUGUGCACCUCUUCCUUCUGCGUCCCUCUCUUCCCUUCACCCUCUCUCUCUGCCUUCUCCCCCUCUCUCUGCCCUUCCUCACUCCCUCUCUCCCUCCCACUCUCCCUGCCUCCUCACCAGUUGUACAGGGAGCAUCCAGCUGAUCAUCCUCUCGUGCUUUCCGGGAAGCCGCUUCAUGCUCUGGGGCGCACGGUGCUACGGGGCAGGCCAUGGUGCUGCACCUCCCACUCAAGUCCCUCAGCAUCAGCUGUCCCUGCUCUAUCCUCUGCUCCUUCUUUCCCCUCCCCCAGCUCUGGGGCGCACGGUGCUAUGGGGCAUGGCCAUGGGGCUGCUGCACCUCCCACUCAAGUCCCUCACAGUUCGUAAUCCCUGCUGUCCUCUCUCCCUCCCCUCCUCUCGCUUUCCCCCCACACUAGCUCUGGGGCGCACGGUGCUAUGGGGCAUGGCCAUGGGGCUGCUGCACCUCCCACUCAAGUCCCUCACAGUUCGUAAUCCCUGCUGUCCUCUCUCCCUCCCCUCCUCUCGCUUUCCCCCCACACUAGCUCUGGGGCGCACGGUGCUAUGGGGCAUGGCCAUGGGGCUGCUGCACCUCCCACUCAAGUCCCUCACAGUUCGUAAUCCCUGCUGUCCUCUCUCCCUCCCCUCCUCUCGCUUUCCCCCCACACUAGCUCUAGGGCGCACGGUGCUACAGGGCAUGGCCAUGGGGCUGCACCUCCCACUCGACACAUUUGAGCACGGCAGGGCGGAUGACCCCUUCUGGGUCAUCCGGGAUCCUGGGAUUACAGCCCUACAGGUGAAGAACAAAGCUGGCGAGUGGGUGGAUGCUCCUCCAGUUCCAGGAAGCUUCGUGGUCAACAUUGGUGACAUGCUCAAGCCAAAUUUUGAUGCAAGAGUGGAGCCUGUAGAUGCUCUGGUGAAGACUAUGGGCCGAUCUCGCCUGGAGCCAGUGGUCUAUGGAGACCACCUGUGCAAGAAGGUGUUCAGUAACUUCGGAUAG